UAUUUGCCUCGUAUAGGAUUUGAACAAGCAACAUUUAGCUCCUUCUUUUUUCACCAUUUAAAUAAAAAACAUUUAGCUCUCUUUGCUAUAAAUACCAAUAGUUUGUCACAAACUCUUAUCACAAAACGAAACACCCCCCAAAUUGAAAGCCAUAUGGAGCAUAUCUUCUUCCCCACGUUGCUUUUCAUUAUUUUCCUUCUAUGUACUUUCAAAUUCUUCUUCUCAAGCACAAGAAAAUACAAAAACCUCCCACCAAGCCCUCCUUCACUUCCAAUUAUCGGUCACCUCCAUCUCUUAAAACCACCGGUUCAUCGAGCCUUCCACCUUCUCUCUCAAAAACACGGUCCCAUUUUCACACUUUGGUUCGGAUACCGCCGUGUGGUUAUAGUAUCAUCCUCCUCGGCGGUCGAAGAAUGCUUCACCAAGAACGACAUCGUUCUGGCCAACCGCCCUCGGCUACUCUUGGGCAAGCACCUAGGCUACAACUACAGUACCUUGGCGAGUUCCCCUUAUGGCGAUCAUUGGCGAAACCUCCGACGAAUCAGCGCCAUCGAAAUCUUCUCGACGAGCCGGCUCAACUUGUUCUUGAGCAUCCGGAGGGACGAAAUCAGACGGACAUUGUGCAAACUUUCUCGAAACUCCAUCGAACAGUUUGUGAAGGUGGAGCUGCAACCGAUAUUUACGGAGCUGACUUUUAACAUUAUAAUGAGAAUGGUCGCAGGGAAGCGGUACUACGGGGACGAGUUGACGGAUAAGGAAGAAGCUAAGCAGUUCAGAGAGAUUAUAGAGGAGGCGUUUGUGUAUGGUGGAGCAGCAAAUCCUGGAGAUUUCUUGCCUGUUUUGAAUUGGAUUAGCAGGGACGGAUUUGAAAAGAAGAUCAAGAGGCUUGCUAAGAGGGCAGAUGCUUUCUUGCAAAGUCUUAUUGAUGAGAAUCGGGACAGAAAAGAGAGUAAAAAUACCAUGAUUGAUCAUCUACUUUCCCUGCAAGAGUCACAGCCUGAUUACUACACUGACCAAAUUAUCAAAGGACUUAUAAUGAAUAUUUUAUUGGCUGGGACUGACACGUCUGCAGUGACAUUGGAGUGGGCAAUGUCCAAUCUCCUUAACCAUCCCCAUAUCCUGGAAAAGGCUAAAGCCGAAUUGGAUCGUCAAAUCGGUCAACAAAACUUAAUGGACGAACCAGAUCUUUCAAAACUACCUUACCUCCAAAACAUCAUCUCCGAGACCCUCCGUCUCUACCCACCAGCCCCAUUGCUUGUUCCACAUCUAUCCUCCGAUGACUGCACCAUUGGUGGUUACAACGUGCCACGUGACACCAUCUUAUUGGUUAAUUCAUGGGCCAUACAGAGAGACCCUAAGCUGUGGAACGAUGCAGAGAGUUUUAAGCCCGAAAGGUUUGAAACAAAGGAGGUUGAUACGACGUCGUCAUACAAAUUAAUGCCGUUUGGAGUGGGAAGGAGGGCUUGUCCUGGUGCUGGACUGGCACAACGUGUCGUUGGAUUGAGCUUAGGGUCGUUCAUUCAAUGCUUUGACUGGAAAAGGAUUAGCGACAAAGAAAUUGAUAUGAGUGAAGGUAAAGGGCUUAGCAUGCCCAAAGUUGUGCCGCUGGAAGCUAUGUGUAAAGCACGUCCGAUCAUGAACAAUGUUCUCUCUGAAACUGUAGAUGAUAAUUAAAAUAUUUACAUUAUUAUAGUAUCUCUCUCUCUUUAUUAGUCUUGCUAAAAACAUAUAUAAAAAUAAUUAAAGUUUUAUUUUGUA